UAUUGUUGCGUGAAAUGGUGUGGAAAAAACACAAAUACAUCGAGUGUCAAAAAGGAUGGCAUUUCAUUUCACAGAUUCCCGAAAUGUCCAAACUUAAAAGAAAUGUGGAUUGAUGCCACAAAACGAUCACCGGAUUGGUUUCCUUCACACACCAGUGUCUUAUGUUCACGGCACUUCAAACCAGAAUAUAUUAAAUUAACGUCUAACAACAGGCGAUUUUUGUAUACAAAUGCCAUUCAUUACAUUUUUGUUUGUUUCUUAGUGAUGUAAAAUGUUGUAUAAUAUAAUAAAUGAGAACUAUUUGACAUGUUAAUGUACCAAUAAGGAUUUGUUUUUAGUUUAGUAAGUAUUUAUAGUAUUACUCUAUAUUAUAUAACAUCCGGAGUAAUAAACUCAAUGAAUAUACGCAAUAUAAUCCG